AUGCAUUCUGACUACAAGCUACCCACUGUUGAAUUUAUCGAUACGAUAAUUUCCGCUGAGAUACCAAACAUACAUGAAGAUCCAGAAUUGUAUUCUCUUGUGAAUGAGUUCAUGAUACAUGGUCCAUGUGGUGCUGAAAAUAUCAAUUAUCCAUGUAUGGUCGACAAAAAGUGCGCCAAAAACUUUCCAAAACAAUUCUGUAAUCAUACCUCAGUUCAUCAGACUUGUUUUUCAGUGUAUAGAAGAAGAAACAAUGGUCAUUUUGUUGAAAAAUCCGGUGUGAAGUUGGAUAAUAGAAAUGUUGUCCCUUACAACAAAUAUCUAUUAAAAAGAUACCAAGCAAAUAUUAAUGUUGAAUGGUGCAAUCAGGGUUCUUUUAUAAAGUAUCUAUUCAAAUACAUAAACAAGGGACCUGAUAGAGCUACAGUUCGCAUUGUACGAAGCAACAAUGAGAGUGAUACUAAUGAUUUGGUCGAUGAAAUAGAUGAGUAUCCUUCUGUGGUUAGACUGCCUUUUCAUAUUCCUGGUCAACAACAAAUUAUAUAUGGUGAAGACGAUGAUAUUGAUGAUGUUCUCGACAAACCUUCUGUUGCUUCUUCAAUGUUCACAACUUGGAUGGAAUGUAAUGCGGUUAAUGCUGAUGCACGGAAACUUACGUAUGUUGAAUUUCCUACAAAGUUUGUUUGGCAUCGUGGUGAUAGGAUUUGGAAGCCACGUAAAGUAGGAAAGUACAUUGGUAGAAUUCAUUCGGUUUCACCUAAUUUACGUGAAGCUUAUUUUUUAAGGAUUUUGUUAAAUAAGGUCAAAGGUCCGAAAUCAUUUGAAGAAAUUCGCACAGUAAAUGGUGAAGAAUAUUCUUCUGUUAGAGAUUUUUGUUAUGCUCUUGGUCUUUUGGAUGAUGACGAAGAAUACAUCGAUACAAUCAAAGAAGCGAGUCAUUCUGGAUCUGUAUGUCUAAAACGGAGGUUGUUUGGGAAAACACAUGAGAAUAUUUGGCAGAUGGAAUUCUUUAUCACCAACGACAGAGAUUCAAACUUAUCACUCAAUGAAGAUCAAAUUAAGAAUUUAACUUUGUUCGAGAUAGAACAAGUUUUACUUCGGAACAACUUGAGUUUAAAAAAUUUCAAAAACAUGCCUAUCCCGGAUUUUGAUUAUGUUUCUUCUUCAAACAAUCGAAUUAUCACAGAAGAGCUAGAUUAUGACAUUACAAAUAUGAAGAAUGAGUUUGAUCGUAUGUUUCUUGUGUUGACAAAUGAGCAUUGUCACAUUUUCCAAGAUAUCAUGACUGCGGUUAAGCAAAAUAAAGGAGGUGUAUUCUUUGUUUAUGGACAUGGUGGAACUGGUAAAACUUUUUUAUGGAAGACAAUAUCUGCAGCUAUUAGAAAAGAUGGUCAUAUUGUUUUAAAUGUUGCUUCAUGUGGGAUUGCUUCAUUAUUAUUGUCCGGAGGUAGAACAACACACUCUCGAUUUAUUAUUCCGUUUGAACUAAUAGAGGAUUCUAUUUGUAAAAUAAAUCGAAGUAGUGACCUAGCUAGCUUAUUGAGAAAAACCUAA